AAGCAACUGGCAGGCUCUGAGACAUUUCAAGCAUGUUAAAAUCAGAGAGAAAUGGAGCUUUAGUCUCCUCCUCUUGCAUAACGUCUUUAUUUGAACAAGUAUCCUGUUUCUGUUCAUUUCUUAAAUGGUCUCAGGAGCUUAUUUAUGCCUGAUCCAGAAAAUUUUUUAGCAUAUUUGUUGUGGAGAGUUUGUCAGAAUGGCUGGCAGCGAAGAGACCCUUAAGAAAAAAUUGCAAGAUGAAAAUGAAAUUGCAGAAAGCCACGAAACCAGGUUCUGGAAAAGACUUCUCCUUGCUGGAAUUGUGAAUGGUCAAAAUAUCAUUUUGAACACAUUGCAGCCAAAAGGAAUAAAUAUACUAAGAAGAACACUGACAGAUAAACAGAACAUCUCAAAAGAAUCAAUAACUUAUUCUGAGAAGAUCCAAGAUAAAGGCAAAGAACCCCCAGAGCCUUUAUGGACUACAUUUGCUGAUAGUGUGGUCAAGCUGAGAAUAGAUCACUUAUGUUCACAAACUCCAAUAACAGUUCAUCAGAUGUUCAAAGAGACUGUGGAUAAAUAUGGGCCUCUCAAUGCUAUGGCCAGCAAAAAGAAUGGAAAAUGGGAAAAGAUCACAUUUGCAGAGUAUUACAAUCUUUCCUGGAAAGCAGCCAAAAGCUUUUUGAAGCUUGGUCUUGAACGAUUCCACAGCGUAGCAAUACUUGGAUUUAACUCUCCAGAAUGGUUCGUGUCAGCUGUUGGAGCUAUUUUUGCUGGAGGAAUUGUCACAGGCAUCUAUACAACCAACUCUCCUGAAGCGUGCCACUACAUUGCUUAUGACUGCAAAGCCAAUAUCAUUGUGGUGGAAAAUCAGAAACAAUUGGACAAGAUAAUGAAGAUCUGGAGUUUUCUACCGUACUUAAAAGCAGUUGUGCUAUACAAUGACUCUUUAUCAGAGAGAGAUCCCAAUUUAUAUACGAUGGAAGAAUUUAUGGAGUUGGGAAAUGAGAUACCAGAUGCUACUCUCAAUGACAUUAUUAGCUCUCAAAAGCCAAAUCAAUGUUGUGUGCUAGUGUACACUUCUGGAACAACUGGGAAGCCAAAAGGAGCCAUGCUGAGUCAUGAUAAUAUAACCUGGACAGCAGCACAUGCCAGCAGAGCUGGGGAUAUGCAACCAGCAGAGCUCCAACAGGAGAUUAUAGUCAGUUACCUCCCGCUCAGCCACAUAGCUGCUCAGAUAUAUGACCUCUGGACUGGAAUCAAGUGGGGAGAGCAAGUUUACUUCGCUGAGCCAGAUGCUUUAAAGGGCAGCUUGGUCAAUACACUGAAAGAAGCACAGCCAACAUCUCAUAUGGGAGUUCCACGAGUAUGGGAGAAAAUCAUGGAGAAACUAAAGGACACGUCUGCUCAGUCGGGAUUUAUGAAAAAGAAAGUGUUAUCAUGGGCCAUGUCCAUUAGCUUAGAGAGGAACCUAAGCUGCUCAGGAAGCAGUGAUUUAAAAGCCCUUUCGAACAAGAUUAGCAGACUACUUAGUAACAGUGCAAAAAUCCACAGUGCUCUGGGAUUUUCCCACUGUCAGAAGCAUUUCUCUGGCGCUGCUCCUGUCACUACAGAAACUCUGGAUUUCUUCUUGAGUCCUGAACAUCCCCUUGUCCAGGCGUAUGGGAUGAGCGAGACUACAGGCCCACACUGCAUGUCUGGGCCAUAUGUUUACAGACGUCACAGCUGUGGCAAAGCAGUGCCUGGCUGCAAAGUGAAACUGGUGAAUGAGGAUGCAGAUGGCAAUGGAGAAAUUUGUUUCUGGGGAAGAACUGUUUUCAUGGGUUAUUUAAAUUUGGAGGAUAAAACAAAAGAAGCUAUUGAUGAUGAUGGGUGGUUGCAUUCUGGAGACCUAGGAAGACUAGACAAGGAUGGGUUCCUCUAUGUUACUGGAAGAAUUAAAGAGUUAAUUAUUACAGCUGGAGGUGAAAAUGUGCCUCCGAUCCCAAUUGAAGAUGGGGUCAAAAAGGAACUGCCCAUUGUUAGCAAUGCUAUAUUGAUUGGAGAUCAAAAGAAGUUCUUAUCAAUGUUGCUGACCUUAAAGAGUACUCUGGACCCAGAUACCUCUGAUCCUACUGACAAUCUGACUGAGCAAGCCAGAGAAUUCUGCCAGAAAAUUGGCAGCAAAGCCACUAAAGUGUCAAAGAUUGUGGCAACAAGAGAUCAGGCUGUUUACCAGGCCAUUCAAGAAGGAAUCAACAGAGUCAACAUGAAGUCCACUGCCAGUGUUCAGCAUAUUCAGAAAUGGACAGUCCUGGAAAGGGAUUUCUCCAUUUCUGGUGGAGAAUUUGGUCCUACGAUGAAAUUAAAACGACUUGCUGUGCUUGAAAAAUACAAAGAUGAAAUUGAUUCAUUUUACAAAGAAUAAAACUAGUCUUCGUGCCAAGUAUUGUCUGCAAGUUUCCCAUGAAGCAAAACAAAUUCACCAACUCUAUGUUGCAGGAAACAGCUCCCAACAAAUGCAUUUGAGGAUUUACUUUUUUAGGCUAGCACACCUACCAUUUGUUUUGCACCCUAUGCAACAGGCAUCAGAAGAGAAACAUCCAUAUAAAGAUCUAGUUGUAAUUCAGCCUGCAAAGUAAUAAAAUUUCUUUCUACAGAUAAGUAUUUAUAUUGCCCAUCAUUGUGAAUAUUUUACUUUUGGUCUUAAAUGAGUUAAACUUAAUGACAUGCUAAUGUGGGUUUAACUGGUAAACAUAACUAAUCAAGUAGCACUGUUUAAUGAAACUGUUACAUCCUCAUAGUAUCAAUGGCCAUUGAGCCCUAACUGAAAUUAAAACAUCAACAGUUCUAUAAUGUUUUCAGUGAAGGAGCAUCUAAAUAAUCUUGUAACAAAAAGAAAAGGAGUACUUGUGGCACCUUAGAGACAAAUUUAUUUGAGCAUAAGCUUUCGUGAGCUACAGCUGCUGCUCAAAAGCUUAUGCUCAAAUAAAUUUGUUAGUCUCUAAGGUGCCACAAGUACUCCUUUUCUUUUUGUGAAUACAGACUAAGACGGCUGCUACUCUGAAACUUGUAACAAAAGAAAUGCUACACAUUGUGGCCUAAUUAAUUCCUCUUUCCAGCCUUGUGGCUUGUCAAGCGAGUUCUGGAUUGACCAUCCCAAAAAAAGACAAUGAAGAUUUUUUUUCAAUCUUUGGUUCAUGCUGAAAGACACUUCAGUUUAGCAAUUCCCAAAGAGUCAAGUGAUGACAGUUGGUGGGCAUGAUCAGAAAUAACAGCCCAAGAUCAAAAUCUAGACCAGGUCAAAGGAUGUCUCACUCAAUGCAGGGGCCCUGAUUCAGAGUGGAUAAGAGUCAUGAUUUUAAAAAAAUAUUUAAAUGCAGGUUUAUUUAAACAAAACUAUUUAAAAUUAAAUUUAAAAUGACAGCCUCUAAAAGCCUAAAUUUAUCAAUCAUUUAAAUUAAAAAUAAAGCAGUACAUUUUCUGUUGAGCUUUAAAGACAAAGCACUGAAUUGGUGGGAAUUUCUGACUAUGCACUUGAAACUAGUUUGUUAAAAUACUCAACCAGCUUUUGAAGCAGUAGUCUUUUCUGCAGGUGUAGAGGGAGUAUUUUCUUCAUUUCUGUGUAUUCAACUAGCUCAGUUCAAUGACUAGUUCAUUCAAAGUUAAGAAACCAAUUGGAAGUUGGAAAAAAAAAAAGCUUGUUUUCCUCUUCCAAUCUAACAACCAGUUGUAAGAGGAUGAGCUUUACUAGUACUAAAAUCUUCAUGGACAUAGGGACUAGAAACAAUCAGUUCAAUUCACUAAUUACAGAUACUUCCUUUGUUUAAUAAAUCAGUUCAUUUUAAAUGCAAAACAUGUUUUGACAAGAGAAAAAGUUUGUACCCAGCACAUAAUGUAGUUUAAUAAAAAAAAAAUGUAAAUGCUGUUUGUGCCUUUAAGUGUAUUUGGAUUUCCAUCUAAAUAAAUCUUGAUACAAAUUGCAAGUAAAAAUUUAAGAAUCUGAUUAAACUAAACUAUGUAAUUGCUUAAGUGUACAGCUAGUGUAUCCUCCUGCUUAGCAAAAAGAAGGAAGUUUAGAGUAAAAGGUUCUAUUUAAUUGAGAAUCAUUGUUUUAAUGGUUACCAACAAGAAUCACCCUUUCUUAUAACUGAAGUACUAUUGCAAAACAAUUAAAAUCAGUGAUUUAAAUCAAUCCGUCCUGUGCUAACAGGCCAGAAAACUAACUGUAAUACCAGUCAUCUUGAAGUUUUCCAUCUAGUUACAGCACUUUGCAAAAUGCUUACUGCUAGGAUUUUGGGUGUGUGUUUGGCUACUAUGUCCAAACAACAACAUUUGCUUUAAACAUGUGCUUGUUAAGAGUUUGAAAUCUUAUUUAUAUAUUAUAUCUUUACAAACCUGUGGUACACCACCUCCUCCCCACUAAACCAAAUUGCUUAAAAGAGUCUGAUUUUGAUAUCUGGUCCUUAUCAAAUGGAAGAUAGCACCAUCUGAAGCAAAUGGAAGUUCUACAAAAAGUUUCUUCUUUACUAAAAAUCAUGUGCAUCCGAUGAAGUGAGCUGUAGCUCACGAAAGCUUAUGCUCUAAUAAAUUUGUUAGUCUCUAAGGUGCCACAAGUACUCCUUUUCUUUUUUUGAAAAUCAUGUGUUACAGCAAGUAAGAAAACAUGCUCAACUGUACUUCCUCUAUACAUAACUGAUAUUUACAAUAAGAUUUAUCUAUCAAAGCAUUAAACAAGUCAGCAGUCUAGGCUUAUAAAAAACACAACAAAUGGUCUGACUUUGGGAAGUCUUUAUUUUCUCACUUUGUGCGUAAAAGUAACUCAGUUGCUUAUUUAGCAUAACACAAAUGAAUCAAGGGAGCAGCAACCACACUAUGCACAUUCAAAUCAAGCUCAACCUCUGCUGUGGUACAUCCAAGAGAAGAAAAAUUACCUUUAUCACUAGAAGCAGUUAUGAAUAAACAAGAAAAAAAUUUUUUUGUCCCUAUCACUGCCAUAGGGUAGCAGAAGUAUAACAAAAGCUGGGAUGAUUAUUUUGCAGGGGAAAAUGAAGUGACUUUGCAUUGCUCGGUUUUGCUUUGGAAACCAGCAGACUGAAUAAGGAAAUAAGUGAAAUUAGUGGCAUGGGACCUAUAGACAGAAUUAAGCUGAAUACAGUUGGGGUACAGAGCAGAACCAUAGCCAGGAAAUUUGAUUUAUAUGCAUGUUAAAGGUUGUAGGGAUGGAGCUAUUCUAAGACAUUUAGGUCAGUAUCUGUCAUGUGUGUCCAUGAUAUCACUAUAUGGAGAUGAGAAGAGGACUUAACUUCAUGGUCUUUGCUAGGCUUAGUAAGCAAAUGCCUGGAAACCUCAUAUCCACCCACAUAGUGAAGACAGAUUAUAGAUUCCAGAAAUAUUAAGCA